ACUCUAAAACUGAACCAACAGUUACCGUGUAGUGUGUAAUAAUUGUAUAUAUAGAGAGUUCAAUCAAUUGGAACAGGAUCAUGACAUCAAUACCUAGUUCGUGGAGACAACUACAGUUGUUUGAUUUCACACCUAUACGAGAUCCUAAUUUUCAAACUGAUGGUUCAUUGUAUUCAGAUUCCAGCUUGACCGCCAUUAACUCAACUACUUCAUAUUUGGUCAUAGCUAUAAGCAAUUCAUUCAUUAAGAUAAUAAAUCCAACUGAUUUCACCGUUGUGAAGACUUUUAUGGCAUAUGAUUUGGAUUACAGGAUCAGUUAUAUGAAGAAUGUCCCUAUUUCAAGUGCCAAUUCGAAUCCAAAUCUUAUAAUAACAUUGGCUGAGAAGCAAGGUUCGCCUUCAAUCAUAAAGUUAUGGAACUUAACCAAGAUAUGUAAUCUUAGUAACGUCGAAGAUGAUGCCUAUAAGUUUAAAUUCCUAACCCAAGCACAAAUCUCUAAUGGAGAUAACUCAUAUCCUAUCAGUUGCUUUCAAACUACAAGUGAUUUAACAUGUGUGGCUGUGGGAUAUACCAAUGGGAAAGUAAUCUUAAUCAGAGGCGACUUAUUAAGAGAUAGAGGUUCUAAACAACGUUUAAUAUAUGAAUCAAAUGAUCCUGUCACAGGUAUUCAAUUCAAUAAUGCUGAGGAUUUAUUAUAUGUAACAACCACAUCAAAGAUUUUAACAGUUCCAACGACAGGUAGAAAUCAAGGGAAACCAUUAAGAAUAUUGAAUAACAAAGCUGGAGUGGAUUUGAAUUGUGAUGAUGUUGAUCCAGAAACGCAAAACUUAAUAGUAGGAAGAACUGAUUCUAUUCUAUUCUAUAAUCAUAUAAAUAGGGUUCAAACUAUUAAUUUUGAAAUACCCAAAUCAAAGAUUUUCAGAUUCGCUGACAACUAUCUAUUAAUAAUAUCUCAUCAACAGGAAGAUUCAGUUAUAUCUUCCAAUAAGAAGAAGUUAAUAUCGAGAGUUUUAAUCCUUGAUUUAUUGAAUAAACAUGCAUCAUUCAAUUUAUUGAUCCCUAACAGUUUAAUAAAUCAUAUUUUCAUAAUGCAAGAAGAUAUUUACCUUCUAUCCAAUGAUGGAAUACUUUACAAAUUACAUGAGAAACCGAUUAAUCAACAGAUUGAAUUGAUCUUACAAAGAAACCUAUUCCCGGUUGCUUACACUUUGGCACAACAAUCAAAGCUUCCUAAAGAUGUUUUAUUAAGAAUCCAAAAAUUAAAUGCUGAAUAUUUGUAUGAAAAGCAAGACUAUGAUUCAGCUAUGGAUACUUUUAUGAAAUGUUUAAAUUUAUUUGAUGCUGAUUCUCAAUCAGAAGAAAUAAAUGAUUUCAUUUUGGAUAUCAUAACUAAAUUUAAAGAUUCGGGAAAUAUUCCUAAUCUUUCCAAGUUUUUGAACAAGUUGUAUACAUUAAGGCUUGCGGAUAACGACCAUAUAACGUUAUUAUUAUGUUGCUAUUGUAAGUUAAAGCUUGUUGGAGAAUUGGAUACAUUCAUCACAGAAUUAAACCUUGAUGAUAGUAACUUACAAGAGUUGAAUUUCCAAUUGAUUAUCAACUUGUUCAAAGAGUGUGGGUAUUUCAAUCAAGUUAUAAAGCUUUUGUAUAAAUUAAACCAACCUAAUCUAAUCGUUGAAAUUCAAUUACAUGAUUUAAAGAUCCCAAAGCAUGCCUUGAAAUAUAUCAAAUCAUUGCCCAUCGAUGAGUUAUUGUUAAUCUUAAUCGAUCACUCCAAAAUAUUCUUAGACUAUUGUCCUUUAGAAACAACAGAAUUAUUGAUUAAUGUAUUCACAGGACAUUACAAGCCAAGUGAGGAAAGUUUCAUACCAUUUGAAGAUCAGAAUGGAGCUGAAAUUCACGAAGAAAUAGUUGAAAAGAAAGAGGAAGAAUCAUCUGGAACCAUUAACAACUAUAGAUCAUUUUUACAUUAUCUUGCUGGAUUGUCUUUGGCAGAAGAUGUAACGGCUGAUCCAAAAGAGCUUCAAACCAACGGAGAUCCAACAUAUUUACCACCAAAGCCUAGUUUGAUCUAUCCAAGUUUUAUUAGUCGUCCAAAUGAAUUUGUCAUCUUUUUAGAAGCUUGUGUAGAAGCAUUUGAGAAAUAUCAAGGAAACUUAAAUGACAAGAAAGAUUUAUUAACUACUUUAUUGGAGAUGUAUUUAUCUUUACAUAAGACUAAAGAUGAUGAUGAUCAAUGGUUAGAGAAAGCAAAGGAAUUAAUUGGUAUCAAUUCACUGUUGUUCGAUUCAUCUUCAUUAUUGUUAAUCUCACAUAUAUAUGAUUUUAGAGAAGGAGAAACCAUGUCAAAGGAACAAGCAGGUGUGGAAGAAAGUCUUUUCAGAAGUUAUGAAAUUUCAGGUGAUGUUAACGGAUGUCUUGAAGUUGUUAAAAAGUAUGGAGAUUCCAAACCUGAUUUGUAUAAAAUGUGGUUAAAGUUUAUUAUAUCCACUCAAGAAGUGUUUCAACAAGUUUCAAGCUCAGAUUUUAGAUUUAUAUUAACGAAGAUUGUUGAUAAAAGAUUGAUGAAUCCAUUAGAAAUCAUCCAAGUUUUAACUGAGAAUCAGAAUGAUUAUGUCACAUUAGGUUUGAUAAAAGAUUUCUUAAUCGAUUACUUUGAUUCUCAAAAUAAAGAAAUUUCAAAUAAUUCCAAAUUAAUUGAAUAUUAUGAGAGUGAAUCUACAAAGAAUAGUCAUAAAUUAACAGAAUUAUUAUCGAAGCCGUUUAUAAUCCAAAAUAACAAGUGUUCUUCGUGUCAUUUGAAAUUGGAUUUCCCAGUUAUUCACUUCAAAUGUAAACAUUCUUACCAUCAAAAAUGUCUAAAUGAUAACAUUAUCGUAUCCCUUUCCAACGACAGUAGUAAUGGACAUGAUAAUUCAGAUGAAAGAAGAUGCCCCAUUUGUAGCAGUGAAUUGGAAGAAAUCAGGUCAGUCAGAAAUCAACAAUUUAAAUCAAAGGAAAACUUUGGGGCUUUUGAAGGGGCUUUGGAAGAAAGUACCGAUAAGUUUAAAUUCGUUACAGAAUAUUUGGGAAGAGGUGUUAUGGAAAAUGAAUCGAUUGUCCUUACAAAUGACUGAAACAUCAAUUUCUUUUUUUUAUGUGCGGUGCGCAUUAGGAUUUUUUUUUUGCAACACUUUUCUUGUGAUGCUUGAAACAUGCACUAUAAGAUUUGAAACUAC